AUGGAUAUCGCCAUUCCAGCUCCCCCGUUCCACCUUACGCUCUCCGGCUGUGAUCGUCAGCUGUCUCCCAUUCCAUCGAAACAUAUCUUGUGUUUUUCUCUGUCUUCUGAUGCGGAUAGAAAGCAGCUGGUUGAGUAUCUGCAUAUUGCUUUUCAUCAUACUGUCCAGCGUCUGCCAUUUCUUGCUGGUUCUAUCGUUCCUUUUCCGCCAGAGGAAGGGGGCAGGCCGUGGCUUCGCAAUAUCUCGACUGGUGGAGCUGCCCAUCUCAUUAUCAAAGAUCUGUCUGACCAGAUCAGCUUUUCUGAUCUCGUCAAGUCCAAUUUUUCUGAAUCUUUCCUGCAGGCAGAUCAGAUAUGUCCCCUUCCUCAGGUCGCGUAUAUCACGCCUGAACCGGUCGAUGUGUGCCGCUUCCAGGCCAACUUCAUCAACGGCGGUCUUCUACUUGUUGUCUCUAUCAUCCACAACAUCGCCGAUGGAAGAGGCACAUAUGAAGUGCUCAAAAUAUUCGCCGAUUACCUCCGCAAAGCACAGUCUGGUGAACUCGGCCAUCCUCUACACCCACGAACCACCAUCUACGAAUCCGACAGAACAGCUCUGGUGAAUGGAAAUGGCUUCCCAGGCGGCCUGGACGACCAUCCAGCCUGGAUCACCACCGACCCAAAAUCCUUCUUCAAACUCAGCGAUGUCGAGAGUACAUGCCACACCUUCCGCAUCACCGCUGACAACCUAUCCACCCUCAAAGCCACAGCUUCAUCUUCCAACCCAGGCGAAUGGAUCUCGACAGCCGACGCCGUCGCCGCCCUCAUCUGGCGCAGCAUCAUGAUCGCCCGCCAUCGCGCCGGCAUCCUUCCCUUCAACUCAUCCACCUUCCUCACCCAACCCGUCGACUGUCGCUCUCGUCUCGCCAUCCCACCCCCAUACAUCGGCAACUGCAUCUACCUCAACAAAGCCUCAAUGCUGCUAUCCACCCUCUCCGACCCCUCCACCGGUCUGUCCACCGCAGCCCGCAUCAUCCGCGCACAAGUCACCGCCGUCACAGCCGACAGAUUCAAAUCCCUCCAAGCGCAAAUCGAAAAAACAGCCCACGAAGCACACACCCUCCCUGGUAUUCUCGGGGAUAUCUCAAAAACCGGCCUGAUGCUAACCAGCCACUUUAAAUUCCCCAUGCACGAGCUCGACUUUGGGCCCGCGUUUGGCGAUAAUGGGUACAUUCGCGCGUUUCGGUUACCGGCGAAAGGAACGUUUGCAGGAUUGGUUACUAUUCUGCCGAGGUGUAAGGAUGGGAGCUUGGAGUUUAUUAUUACCGAGAGGGAGGUUACGUUUCGGUGUUUGCUGGAGGAUGAGUUUUUUGGGGGGUUUGCUACGGAGUUGGGAUGUUGA